AUAAAGUACGUAACAUGUGGCAAAUUUUCGCUACCUAAAGUACUAAUUCAUUGCAGCUUGUAGUUUUAAAGGAUUUUGUACAUAAUAUACUUUGUGUUUGUGUACAUGUAUAAUGAUAAACUUGUUAUUAUAAAUUGUUGUGGAAUUAACGAAUUGAGACACGAGAAGAACGAAUCACGUGUCAGUAUGAAUCAGAAUCCGCAGUUUCACGUGGUACUGGACCUUGAUGGUACCACGCCUCCGAUUACAGUUGUCUCUGGCGCCGAGAACGAGUACUAUGAUGCUCUCAAGAACAGGUGCAAGAAAACGGUCGACUUCCGGAAUGACUAUAGACGCCCGGAUGAUCCAUCUCUGAGUCUUCCAGCCGCUUGCAAAAGACAAAUGAAAAGCGUAUGUCCAUGUGACAAAGCCUCCCAAAAGAAGUUUUUAACGAAAAGAUUUCCUCUUUGGAAAAUAAUGAGAAAAUACAAAUGGAGGGACGACCUACCGAACGAUAUAAUAUCUGGCCUUACUGUCGGCAUAAUGCAGCUUCCCCAAGGAAUGGCGUAUGCACUACUGGCGGAACUUCCACCUGUGGUUGGUCUCUACAUGGCAUUCUUCCCUGUACUCAUCUACUUUAUCUUCGGUACAUCCAAACACAUUUCUAUGGGUACUGUUGCAUUAUGCAGUUUACUUACCGGGUCAGUCAUCUCUCGCUUCUACAAUCCGGAGCUCGCUGCGUCUAUACUUGGGCCUGAUGUGACAAAAACUCUUACGCAAGAGGCAAAUGCAACAGCCACAGAUGCAGCUGAUCCAAUAGAAAUAGAGCUUCCUAAUCACGCGAAAAUAGCAAUUGCGUCAUCACUGUGCCUUCUCGUUGGAUUAGUACAGUUGGUUAUGGGUGUGUUUCGUAUGGGAUUUAUCACCACCUAUAUGUCUGACCCUAUGAUUGGGGGCUUCACGACAGGUGCAGCGGUGCAUGUCGGGACCAGUCAGGUUAAAUACGUGUUCGGCCUUCACAUUCCACGAUCAGACGGUAUCUUCCAGAUCAUAAAGACAUAUGCUUUGAUAGUUCAUCAUAUCGCGGAGACGAACUAUCCCACGUUGAUAAUGUCUGUGAUAUGUAUGGUGAUUUUAUACAUUGUUAAAGUACAAGUUAACCAAAGGUUUAAGGCGAAAAUGAAGUUCCCAGUUCCUGUUGAACUUCUAGUUGUUGUUGCCGGAACUAUGUUGUCAUAUUUCCUUAAAUUUUCCGAGAAUUACAAAAUGACAAUUGUUGGGGAAAUACCAGCCGGUCUGCCAAAGCCUUCGAUACCCAGCCUGCCUUCAACAAGUGUCUAUACAGCUGAUGUGUUCAUUAUAGCAAUUGUCGCUUUUUCUCAAUGUGUGGGACUUGCCGCACUGAUGGCGAAAAAACACGGCUACAGUUACGACGCCAAUCAGGAGCUGAUAGCAUACGGUGCUGGCAACAUAUUUGGUUCGUUUUUCUCGUGCUAUCCAUACGCGGCCUCUGUAUCUAGAAGUUCCGUGCAGGAAUCAGCUGGCGGACGUACCCAGCUUGCCAGUGUGGUAUCAGCAACAUUAGUCUUAAUUGUGAUUGUUUCCAUUGGACCAUUGUUUCAAUCGUUACCUAAUUGUGUUCUCGCCUCAAUCAUCAUGGUAGCAUUGAGAAGUUUAUUUUUACAGUUUCUUGAGCUUCCAAAGAUAUUCAGAACAUCUGCUUAUGAUUUUGUAAGUAUGCCUUUUAAACACUAUGAAACGUUCACACAAAGUGAUCAGACACAUAUUGUGCGGGGCAAUAAAUAUUGUAAUGUUAGAAAGGAUAUCGUAUCAUGUUAUGUUAUAAAGCUAUGUUUUUAUACUUGCAGAAUAAAAGCAGAAAACCUGCAGAAAAUAAACGCUAUCCAUUUGUACGAGGAUAGUACAAAAUAUAGACAGACUGAAUCCGUACCAGGGAUAAAGGUGAUUGGAUACAGCUCACCUCUGUAUUACGCUAAUGGUUCCAUGUUUGUUAAACAAGUGUACACGUUAUCCGGGGUGAUUCCAGAAAAACGAAAGAAACAUCUAAAAAGACUGAAGAAAGCAACAAAACAGUCGCUGAAUGUUAGAAAUAGCACGAUGCAGCUAGUCACCGAGUCGAAUGAAAUGGGCUCCACACCCAGUCUAAACUACACAUCGGACGUCUACGACCAGGUCAGCAACUGGAAUGGCACAAACAGACAAGCCAACUUGCUGACAGCUUUGGCAGAGAAAAACCAGCUACAUCACAUAGUCAUUGACCUUUCCGGAGUCACCUUCAUCGAUUCUGUUGGUGCGAAAGUCCUUAAACAGCUGGUAGAAGACUACGAGGCUGUUGAAAUAAAAGUUUUACUCAGCAAUGUGAACGACGAGGUUUGGAGAGUUUUAGAAUCCACAAAAUUCCUGAAAACGUACACAGAUCGCCUAUACCUCACCGUUGAUGACGCGAUAAAUGCGGUCAAUAUUAAGACACAAAUUAAACAGGCAGCUGACUUAAAGUACCCACAACGAAUGAUGUAUAGAGAGAACAACAACCCGGAUGCGGCCGAGGAGGAUGCUUUACUGACUUUAGAGUCCUCUUUCUGAUCCACAUGUGAUGUUGUCAGUGCGUUAAAUUGACUCAAAAGCGGAAAGAAAGUGGACCAUUAGACUAGUCAUGAUGAAGAGAAGCCUUUUUCCAAGGACCAGAUAAUCUCCCUUUAAUUGUUUUGUUUGGUUAAGUUCGUUAACUUGUUAUUUAUUUGUUAUCUGCUUCCUGUUAAAAAGGGUUAAGAAAAAAAAUUACAUUUUUUAGCUCAUCUGAUUUUUUGAAAAAAAAUGAUGAGUUAUUGUCAUCACUUGAGCGGUU